UCCAGGUGACCCUUGCCCGCCUGCCUGCCUGCCCCCCUCCACAACUGGAACCCAGAAGACUUUCCCCCUUCUUCUGGGUGUGUGCCUGUCUCCUGCUGUCAGGAUCCUGAACCCAGGCUCCCCUCCCUGACUCUGGAACCUCUUAGCGUCCACAGCAAGGCCUGCCGGGACCAGAGGUGAAGACUCAUGCUGCCAGUGGGGGCCACAGUCCUCAGGAUGUUCCAGGGGAAAUAGAAGCCAGAACCUGGACCUCUAACCGGUUCCCCCAAUAAUGGGGCCCCCAAUGAGUCAUCUGCUGGCUGGCCUGUGUGUCUGGGUGGCUUUGGGCUGGGUGGGGGGCUCAGCCCCCGACCUGGGCCCUGCAGAGCAGGAGCAGAAUCAUUACCUGGCCCAGCUGUUCGGCUUGUACGGGGAGAAUGGCACGCUGACAGCAGCGGGCCUGGCGCGGCUUCUCCACAGCCUGGGGCUAGGCAGAGUUCAGGGGCUUCGCCUGGAACACCCUGGACCUCCACCUGGUCGGGUCACACCUCCAGUUGGAGACAAUUCCACACACAGACCGCAGGACCCCCAGCUGGACGUGGAUGUCUGGGCUGGGCUGCCUGUGGGUCCCUCGGGGUGGAGUGACCUGACGGAGCAGAAGGUCCCACUCCCACCGCGGGGGCCCGGCCCCUCGGGCCUCGGCCUGCUCCACAGGCUCCUGCUGCUGGACCACUCGCUGGCGGAUCAUCUGAAUGAGGAUUGUCUGAAUGGCUCCCAGCUGCUGGUCAACUUCGGCCUGAGUCCCGCUGCUCCUCUGACUCCUCAUCAGUUUGCCCUGCUGUGCCCAGCCCUGCUAUAUCAGAUCGAUAGCCGAGUCUGCAUCCAGGCCCCGGCCCCAAGUCCCCCCGGGGAUCUACUGUCUGCCCUGGUGCACAGUGCCCUGGCAGUCCUGCUGCUCAGCCUCCCUGCUCCCCUCUCCCUGCUGCUGCUGCGACUCCUGGGACCUCACCUAUUGCGGCCCCUGCUGGGCUUCCUGGGGGCCCUGGCCGUGGGCACUCUUUGUGGGGAUGCGCUGCUACACCUGCUGCCUCAUGCACAAGGAGGGCAGCACGCUGGAACUAGCGGGCCACCAGAAGAGGACCUGGGCCCGGGGCUGUCAGUGCUCGGAGGUCUCUUCCUGCUCUUCCUCCUGGAGAACACGCUAGGGCUUCUGCGGCGCCGAGGGCUCCGGCCAAACUGCUGCAGGAAAAAAAGAAAGGAUCUCGAAACACCAAACCUGGACCCAGAGGAUGGCGGUGGGACGGCCCUUCAGCCCCUUCAAGCAGCUCCAGAGCCAGGGCUUCAGGGCCAGAGGGAGCAGGACCACAGGCCCCCAGCAGCCCCGGCCCUCCCUGGGCACCAAGGCCACAGUCAUGCGUACCAGGAUGGCGGUGGCGCCAACAUCACAUGGAUGGUCCUCCUGGGAGAUGGUCUACACAACCUCACCGACGGGCUGGCCAUAGGCGCUGCCUUCUCCGACAGCUUCUCCAGCGGCCUCAGCACCACCCUCGCCGUCUUCUGCCACGAGCUGCCCCACGAACUCGGUGACUUCGCCAUGCUGCUCCGGGCAGGGCUGCCCUUUCGGAGGCUGCUGCUGCUGAGCCUGGUGUCCGGAGCCCUGGGGCUGGGCGGCGCAGCCCUGGGGGUGGGGCUCAGCUUGGGCCCCAUCCCCCUCACUCCCUGGGUGUUUGGGGUCACUGCUGGGGUCUUCCUCUAUGUGGCCCUCGUGGACAUGCUACCAGCCCUGCUCCGCGGGCCGGAGCCCCUUCCUCUGCUCGAUGUGCUACUGCAGGGGCUGGGGCUGCUGCUGGGAGGUGGCCUCAUGCUCACCAUAGCCCUGCUGGAGGAGCAGCUGCGGCCCCUGCUCGCUGAUGGCUGAUGGGGGUCAGCGGAAAGGCGUCCCGGGGUGCCCUUCCUUCCCCCCAACCGCAGGAAUGGAGGCGGGACACAGGGCCAGUAGGAGCAAUAGGAUUUUAAUAAACAGAACCCAUCCC